GGUCAUUCCUGGCACAUCGUCAAUUCCUCUAAGGACACAACAACACAACCAAUAACAAUCAUUGAAAAUGCCAAUAGGGACAUCCUGCAAGUUCCACAGUUUCCUUGCUAUUCUGUUUACCUUCUUGUCCUAUUCUUUCUCUUCAAUAUUCACCAUAACCAACAACUGUCCCCAUACCAUAUGGCCAGGAACACUUUCCGGUUCCGGCUCACCGGCGCUUCCGGCAACCGGAUUCCGGCUGGACUCAGGCCAAAUGGUGAAACUAACUAGUGUUCCAGGGUGGUCAGGAAGGAUAUGGGCUAGGACUGGCUGCACAUUUGAUGCAACAGGAAUUGGCAAGUGCCAAACUGGUGACUGUGGUGGAAGGUUGGAAUGUGAUGGGAAUGGUGCAGCUCCUCCUACCUCACUCUUUGAGAUAACACUUGGCCAAGGCAAUGAACAAGACUUCUAUGAUGUUAGCAUGGUAGAUGGCUACAAUCUGCCACUGCUUGUUCAACCAAGAGGUGUAUAUGGUACUGGCACUUGUAAUGCCACAGGUUGUGUCACUGACAUCAACAGAGGUUGUCCAAAAGAACUUCAAGUAGUUGGUGGAGAUGGAUACCAAGGUGGUGUAAUUGGGUGUAAGAGUGCUUGUGAGGCAUUUGGAUCGGAUCAGUAUUGCUGCAGUGGUGAAUUUGCCAACCCAACCACAUGCCAACCUUCCUAUUAUUCCACCCUUUUCAAGCAGGCUUGUCCAAAAGCUUAUAGCUAUGCAUUUGAUGAUGCCACCAGCACUUUCAUUUGCAAAGCUUUUGAAUAUGACAUUGUUUUUUGUCCCAACAGCAACAGGGUUAAAAAACCAAAUGGUGCAACAUUUCCUCCUCCUCCACCACCAUCAGUUGAAUGGCCUGAUCAGAAGUUUCAGCAGGUCCAUUCUUCUUCAGAUAUUCUCUUGCCCUUUCCAGGGACAAUCUUUCUCUUUGUUGCCACUCUCUAUGUGCUUGCAACAAAGACACACACACUGAUUUGAGACAAUGCCAUAAGAGAAUCCCACUGUGUUUCAUGAAAGGAAAAGAGAAAAAAAAAAUGAAAAAAAGGCCCAACAAGGAGAUGAAAAUUAUGAACAGAGAAUGUGAAACACAUGAAGAUCCUAAGGAAACAAAUAAAUGGAGAAAUUACUCUUGCAAGAUGCAAAUCUCUAACAAGUUGGGAGCUGAUUAAGAACCAAUACAUAAUUUCAGUUCACCCACUAUCCUCUCGAGAUAACUUGUAAAUUAAAAAAGAAAAAAAAUCUUUUGAAUAAAACAAUAAGUCAUUUACCAUGUAACCAGAAAAAUAAGAAUACUCAGUCAUUCUCUUAUGUGUUAUAUAUCCAAAAUUAAUGUUUGAGUAUAACAGUUCAUGGUAUAAAGAAGAAACAAUGGAAUGGAACAUUUCUUUGA